AUGACUCAGAGCGCAGACCUCCUGGUCAAAUUGGGCGGGCAGUUGGUUGACGCCCAUGCGAGUCGGAACCUAUUUCUGGCGUCGGAAGGGGCCGCCUGUCACUAUCAUUUCCCACGCAAAUACAGGCAUAAGAGGCAAGCGGAGCAAGCAUUCCUGCGCAUGCGCGGCGCGGCGGACCGAACUACAUUUACCAGCAGCCUCUGCGCGGCCGCGCAUGCCCAGCGGGCCACAGACUUUGGCGGACCGCUCCGCGGGCGUCAGGAACGGGACUUGGAGUCGGAUGCUGCCUUAAGUGGAGCCGCCAUGGACCUGACGCCCCCCGGACCCCCGCCGGAGUCCCCGGACCUGGAGGAACCCUGGCCCCCUGCCCGGCCGCCUCAGGGUGUGGGGGGGGACCCCGAGCUGGACGCCCCCGGGCCCGACGUCCAGGGCCUGGCGGGGCGGCUGGAGGCUCUGCCCUCAGAUCUGGGGGGGCCCCCACGACCCCCACGCGCCACCUCUGACGCCGGAGACGCCCCCGAGGACCCCGAGCUCGAUGGCGGCAGCUCCCCAGAGCCUUGGCCGGAGACCGUCCCCCUGGUGCCCCCCCAGAGCGCCGCCCAGGGGCCCCCCGCCCAGAGCCCGGGCGCCCCCGCCGCGGCCCCCGCCGCCCCCCAGGAAGUUCCCGGUCCCUGUGACCCUGAGGACCUGCUGGAUGGCGUGGUUUUUGGUGCUAAGUACCUGGGGUCCACGCAGCUGUUCUCAGAGCGGAACCCCCCGCCCGGCACCCGCAUGGCUCAGGUGCAGGAGGCCGUGGAGCGCGUCAAGUCGUCCGCUCAGGCCCCAGACGGGGAGACGCAGCCCAUGACAGAUGUGGACCUCUUCGUGUCCACCAAGCGGGUGAAGGUGCUGACGGCCGACUCGCAGGAGACCCUGAUGGACCACGCGCUGCAGACUGUGUCCUACGUGGCCGACGUGGGCUCGCUGCUGGUGCUCAUGGCGCGGGCUCGGAGGAGGGGACCCCCCAAGCCCCGGAAUUCCGGGGCCCCCCGCCGUCCACCCUGUCGCACACUGUGCCACGUCUUCCGCUGCCCAGAUGCCCAGCUGGUGGCCCGGGCCGUGGGCCAGGCCUUCACAGUCGCCUAUACCCACUUCCUCGCGGACAGAGGGCUGGACCCCAGCCAGGCAGCCGCCCUGCAGACAGGGGGUGUACCAGGGCCCCCGCACAACGGAGACCUGGACCACUUCUGCAACAGCGACAACUGCCGCCAGGUGUGCAUUGAGAAGCGUGCGGGCGAGGACCUGGGGCUGGCGCUGGUGUUGGCGGGGCGCGGGGCUCUGCUGCCCUCCGCCGAGGUGGCCAACCUGCGGCCCCGGGGUCCCGCCGCCCGCGCCGGCCUGAGCAUCGGGGACCGGCUGAUGGCGCUGGAUGGUCGCAGCCUGGUGGGGCUGCCGCUCCCCACCUGCCAAGCCACCCUGCGCGAGGCAAAGCCCCUCACUCGGGUGACUCUGAGCAUCGUGCACUGCCCGCCCGUCACCACCGCGGUGGUGCGUCGGCCCCAUGCCAGUGAGCAGCUGGGCUUCUGCGUGGAGAACGGCGUGAUCUGCAGUCUCCUCCGGGGCGGCGUCGCCGAGCGGGGUGGGGUCCGUGUGGGCCACCGCAUCAUCGAGAUCAACGGGCAGAGCGUGGUGGCCGUGCCCCACGAGCGCGUCAUCCAGAUGCUCACGGAGGCCCAAACGGAGGUCCACAUCAAGACCAUGCAGGAUACCACCUACCGGCUGCUGACGGGCCAGGACCAGCCCGUCUUCCUGUGAACCCCCCCACACCCCCACCGCUGUGCCUUAGCCCCUCACCUGCCCACGGGGGGCCCCCGAGUCCCAGCCCCCCCCCCCAGUUCUCUGAUGCCAAAGAAUUAAAAACAUGUCUGGAGCCGUGAGAA